UCAAAUGGUAAGGAAUUAAGAGUGAAUCUUGAGAAAGAAUGGGUGAUCAAUCAAACAAUCAGAACCCAUCUUCAUCAGUCGCACAAGGAUCACCAAGCAAGACAGAUAGACAACAAUUUCUGUCCCAUACAGCCCACUAUCCUAUGAGUGUAGUUAAUUUUGCACCUCUAAAUGGUGUAAACUAUAAGAAAUGGAAGGAGGACAUUGAACUUAUGUUAGGGAUUCUAGACUAUGAUCAUGUCCUUAAGGAAGAUCCACCACCAGAACCAGCAGAUAAUGCACCUAAGGAGAUCAAACUUAAACAUCAAGAGUGGCAUAAGCAUAAUAGAAUGACCCUGAUUUAUAUGAAGAAAUGUAUAACUGAUGCUGUCAAAGGAGGUAUACCAGAAUCAGACCUUGCUAAGGUAUACUUAGCCUCAAUAGCUGAUAAGUACAAAGUUUCUGAUAAAGCAGAAACAGGUUACCUCAUGAAUAAGCUGAUUAGAAUGAGUUUCAAUGGACAAGGAAGUAUAAGAGAAUACAUAUUGCAAGGAAUUGAUACUUCUUGUAAACUUAAGGAAAUGAAAAUUUCCAUUGAUGACUCAUUUCUA